CCAUCGGGUCAGACUGCAAUGAGUGGACUGAGGUCUCCUGGGCUGCUGGGGCUGGUGCUCUUAAUGCUCUCAGCAGGAUAUUGCAAAGAGAAAACUGACUCCGCAGAUUUGAAGGACAGGCAAAGUCUCUUAAAUCUGAUCAUGGAGAUCAUUCAGGAACUGAAAAGGUACCACCUGGAGAAGGACGGUGGGGUGCAGUACUUCUCCAAGCACGACUAUAGCUUAGAUCGAAGGGAAGUGGCCGACUACGGAGGAUACCAGGACGAGCAGAGAGUUGAAAUAGUUCCAAGAGAUCUGAGGAUGAAAGACAAGUUCUUAAAGCAUUUAACAGGUCCACUCUACUUUAGCCCAAAAUGUAGUAAACACUUUCACCGGCUUUAUCACAAUACAAGGGACUGCACCAUCCCAGCAUACUAUAAAAGAUGUGCCAGGCUUCUUACUCGGUUGGCAGUAAGCCCAAUGUGCAUGGAAGGAUAA